UAUUUCAGGUGUCAUUCGGAAUCCUGCUCCGGCGUUAGAUUAGUGUCGGACAAUGAUCAGUGCGCGUAACAUCACGGCUGAUUUCUCUCAAUCAGACAUAUACUGGUUUGAGAGAAAUUUCGACAGCUAUGCUGGACGUCGAUUCCUGGAGUCCAACUGGCCAUUAGCAUUCGGCACGAUUGCCCUGUACAUAUCGUUUGUCUUUGCUGGUCCAGCGUACAUGAAACGUCGUGAACGCUUUGAGGUGCGGAUUCCACUCAUUCUUUGGAACGUGUUGCUUGCCAGCUUCAGCAUCUUUGGAACAUUCAGGACUGCACCACACUUCUUCAGAUCCCUCAGUACUCGCGGGUUGCAUUGUAUCGUUUGCGACAAUGGGUUUUUCCAGCAACCAGUGGUUGGAUUCUGGUGCUACAUGUUCACGUUGUCAAAAUUGGUCGAGCUCGGGGACACCGUUUUUAUAGUGCUGAGGAAGCAACCCCUCAUAUUCCUGCACUGGUACCACCACAUCACUGUUUUACUCUUCUGUUGGCAUGGAAACUCCGAAUUUUCCUCAACUGGACAGUUCUUUGGCUUCAUGAACUUCACUGUGCACUCACUGAUGUACACCUACUAUGCUCUCAAGGCAGCGAGGAUCAAGCUGCCAACCGUGAUUGCCUUUUUCAUAACCUCAUUUCAGCUGAGCCAAAUGGUUGUUGGUAUCAUUGGCAACUGCUUGGCAUUCUCAUUCAAGAAUGCUGGGCUCCCGUGUAACAUCUCAAACCUGAGCCUGAAGCUGGCGUUCAUAAUGUAUUUCUCAUACUUCGUUCUCUUCGUCAACUUCUUCUACAGAACGUACUUCAAGCGUGGCGCCAAACGCAGCGUUGUCGCCAAAACAGAGCAGGUCAUUUGUCAAGCCCAGAUUCUGGCAAAGAAGGCUAUGUAAUAACUUCAUGAGGCCAACAAGCAAUUGUUCUUGUUUCUUGUAUGUUGAUCUUUUUUUCCUGCUUCUGUUGCAUCAUUGCUGGCUAGUUUUAAAGAGCAGAUCAUGAUAACUGGACGAAUUUGUGGAAAGAUUUUUGUGUGAUAGCCAAGGUUGUACAGGUCCAGACCUUUUUUCGUAAUUCUCUCUUGAAAAAUCCUCUCAACGUCUCCAUUUUGAGGGUCUAGUGUUCGAGUUAGUUAACGCUUGAUUCAGUGCACCAAGCAAGCUCUUUUGUCUGCCUCAAGUAAUCAAUGGAAUCAGUUUCAGAAGUCAGUUGCUGUACCCGGGCUGUAAUGUAGUCUGUUGUUGAUUUAUGUCUGUUGGGACUCGGAGAGAUGUCCUCUGCAGGUGUUUGAGGGACCUGCACAAUCCAGCUUCUGUCCUGGGGUAGGGGUAGAAGUUAUUGUUGUGUUUAAAUAUAACCUAUUUUCAUUUCAGCGAGGGCAAGCACAAAUGCUUUCUAAUGCAUAAAAAGAGAUUUCAACAGCUGCUUUCCAGUUGUACCCUGUACCUAUAUUUGAUGGGGUAAACAGCUGUUUUGUGGCAAUAUCUGCUUAGACCUGCUCUCUGUUCUUUUUUUUUUAUUGCGUACUCUGAAGAAGAUCAUUGUUAUUGCUUGAUGUAAAAGUUUUUAUAUCAAUGGCGGGCUGUAUUUGGCGUUGUCUGGAAACAGGUUGACAGUGGCACGAUACAUUUUGCGAACUUGAUGAAUACGUGUCGCAUUUUGUUCUGUUCCAUGCAGCUCACGUAUUCGGACUUUUGGCAAGCGAGUAUUCUGUGGAUGUAUGUAUUGAUGGCAAAGGCAAAUUCAAUGAAUGGGUGUUUGACAUUCUCA